GAGCACCAGCUGAACUCCUCCUGCUGCAGCUCAACCGUCCUCUUCAACGUCUCCACCACAUUCAUCAUCAACAUGCUGACUGUGUCUGUUCUUCUGUGUGCUCUGGUGGCUCUGAGCACAGCUGAUGAUGAUGUCAUUCCAGCAACUAACAGACGUCAUUGUAGACUUGGAUGGAAAUAUUUCGACCACCACUGUUUCCAUUAUGUUGCAGAGGAAAUGUCAUGGGCUGAUGCUGAGAAAAACUGUCAGAAACACAAAGGAAACCUGGCUUCAGUCCACUCAGAGGCUGAGUUACAGUUCAUCCAUUCCCUCCAACCUGCGGCCGCUGCAGGAGUCGGCAUGUGGAUAGGAGGCUCUGACUGCUACAAGGAAGGUUCUUGGAUGUGGAGUGAUGGCAGUGUUUUCCAAUUCACCUACUGGUGUCCAGCUGAACCAAACAACCUGAAUGGGACCCAGAACUGCUUAGAGACCGGUGUGACAAGCUGUAACUGCUGGAAUGAUGUGGCCUGUAAUCAGAUGCGCCCAUCUAUGUGUCGCACCGACCACUAAAGGCUGCAGAGCCAACACUCA